UUUUAGUCUCGACAUGGCUUGCCAAAAGGCUCAUUUUAAGAAUCAAAUUCUCGAACUGUAUAACAAAAUCUCCAAUCUUAAGAGUCUUAAACCUUCCAAAAAUGUCGACACUUUGUUCCAAGAGCUCAUGUCCACAUGCUUACCCACGGAGACAAAUAUCGACGUCGAAAAGUUGUGCCCAAAAGUGCAAGACAUCAGAACCAAUCUCAUCAAGCUACGCAGUGAAGCUAUAGGGUAUUCAGAGCAACACUUUUCUACAGUCCUGGGAUCUCUCGAAGACAACCCACUUCACCAUUUAGAUCUCUACCCUUACUACACUAACUACCUCAAACUGAGCAAAGUCGAGUUUGAUCUCGUCAUGCUACGCACGAGCCAUGUCCCAACCAAGAUUGCGUUCGUGGGCUCCGGUUCGUUGCCCUUCACAUCCAUCAUCUUAGCUAAGUUCCACCUCCCAAACACGACGUUCCACAACUUCGACAUCGACCCUCAAGCUAAUUCCCUCGCCUCCAAACUUGUCUCGCGCGAUCCUGAUCUUUCCAGUCGCAUAAUCUUCCACACAGUAGAUAUACUCAACGCCACAGAGAUUCUACGUGACUACGAGGUCGUUUUCUUGGCAUCUCUUGUUGGGGUUGAUAAAGAAGCAAAAGUCAAAGUCAUUAAACACUUGGGGAAACACAUGGCUCCUGGUGCUCUUCUCAUGCUUAGAAGUGCUAAAGGCCUUAGAGCUUUCCUAUAUAUAGACGUUGAUCCUUGUGAUCUAAGAGGUUUCGAGGUCUUGGAGACUUAUCACCCGUCUUUGUCAGAUGGGUUUGUGAACUCGGUAAUGGUCGCACGCAAACUCAGUGAUUGAUUUAUUACAAACGGUGUAUAUUGGAACUUGAUCGGUACUAAACUUUU